GCGCGGCGGUCGGAUCGCGAGCGCCCAGCAGUUCGACUCUUGAGCCCGUUGCCGCCACACGCACCGAACACAACCAAUACUAUUUCCACAUUUUCCGACGCGUCGCGCACCUCUAAACUCUCUUGUUUGUGAAUGAACUGCCAACCAUGAAACCGUGUGUUAUCGAGUACAACACUCGGUAAGUUGUUUAGCUAUUACUCUAAACGAUUUAUUAACAACUUGUUGAAUACGAGUUUUGUUGUUCCUAUUGUGGUUAUCGCCGGUUUUGUUUGGAUAUUCAUCUUGUAUUUGUUAUGACGACGAAGUGCGUAACGAGGUAGUUGGAGUAGUUCGCGACGAGGCCGCCGUCACUGCAGGGCCGAUGACCAGCCGGUGUGGGCCACGAGCGCACCGCGAGCAUGUCAAACUCGACCGACGCGUACUGCGUGCCUGGCGCCACCAACUUCAACAAGGCGUACAGCCGCCUGCACGGCUACAUCGCGCUGGUGAUAUGCAUCGUCGGCUCGGCCACCAACUCCAUCAACAUCGCGGUGCUAAGCCGCCGCGAGAUGACCAGCCCCACCAACUCCAUCCUCACCGGCCUCGCCGUCGCAGACCUUCUAGUCAUGUUGGAGUAUAUCCCCUACGCGCUACAUAUGAACAUCAAAAUAGGACCUCAAGUUAACAAGAAUACAUACACUUGGACGGUUUUCGUGUAUUUCCACUCAAUAUUCAGUCAAACGUUUCAUACCAUUUCCAUUUGGUUGGCGGUGACUCUCGCUGUGUGGAGGUACGUCGCGAUCGCAUUUCCCCAGCGGAAUAGCACCUGGUGUAAUAAGAAAAAUACAACUCUCGCUAUAGUAAGCGCCUAUGUGAUAUGCCCGUUUUUGUGUCUUCCGAUAUAUUUCGCGAUGAAUAUAGUGCCCAGUGAAGUGACUGCCCAUAACAAUUCAGAAUUCGCAGAAGAUCUCGAUCUACCGGACAAUCGGACCGUUUAUGUUUUAGAAAUGUCGAGAAACGUACAAUUAGUAACAGCAAUAAUGUGGAUUUAUAGUGUAAUAUUGAAACUGGUGCCAAGUAUAGCGCUGUCGAUAUUAAGUACUUGUUUGAUAUCAAAGUUAACAACAACGGAGCGCAAGAGGCAGAAGCUUCUAAAGCGUUCAACAAUUGGCCCAAACGAGCCAGAAAAGCAGUGCCUAGCGACGGAGGAGUCGUGUGCGCGGCGGUCCAGUCGCACGGACCGUACGACGCGCAUGCUCCUAGCAGUGCUGGGUCUGUUCCUGUCCACUGAGGUACCUCAGGGUCUCUUGGGGCUGGCGAGUGCGUUGGCGCCAGACUUCUUCAAGAGCUGUUAUAAUAUGUUUGGUGAUUUAAUGGACGUGUUAGCACUGUUCACAUCAUCAGUGAACUUCGUGCUAUACUGCAGCAUGAGUCGGCAGUUUCGGUGCACAUUCGCCAGACUGGCACGAAGGAUGCUGUCUGCCACUGAAGAACCAGCCAAGCUAUCCAAUAAGUUAGAACCGACCACGCAGGUAUCUCAAUGUCACCGGGCCACUAUAGCGCCAAAUUCCCGCCCUCAUCAGGGUGGUAGAAGAGAGUAUUAUAUAAAUAACGAUACAGGUACCAUCGCUCUCUAUAACUUCGACAGUCUAAUUCGUAAAUAUUGAUAGCAAUUAGUGUAUUUAAUGUAUUGUAAUUAUGAUCCUAAUUAUGUAGUCACGUUACUAGUUCUGUAAAUACUGUAAGCCAAAUCUAGUCAUAAGGAUAUAUAAAUAAAUUUGUAUAUUAGUUUUUGCGUCAUAUGAGCCGCGACGCAAAAACUAUUUCAAAUAAUUAUCUGUAAAUAUAAUUCAUAAAAGUAAUGUUUAAUUGUAAUACAUUUUAGCCUGGAAUAAUGUAGAUUUACUUAGGGUCCAAUGAUAUGUAUAAUUUAAUAUAAAAAUGUAAAUAAAUAAUCGUUUAAUUUUGUGAAUAAUUGCAUUUAUAUGGAACUUCUCUGUGGACAAUUGUGUUGUUUAUGAAUAGUAACGAAUUUAUAUAAUGAAUUGUCGAAUAUAGUUUUUAUAAAUAAUUAGUUUUAAGUCCUAUGUAAUAUUUUUUUAUGUAUGCUGAUCUGCUCUUCUCGAACUUAAUGUAAUGUACCUAACUGCUUAGUCACCAAAACAUGUACCAAAGUUAUAUUAAGGUAAAACCUACGUGUUCAUUGUUCGCACCAUUAUUGUCAUAUUAAACCGAUUAUUUCUAUUAAUUUCCAA